AUGGCUACUACUGGAGCAGAUGGUGUAUUCAGGGCAGUGUAUGAAGGUUGUAUAUCAGGGUAUGACAACUGCGUUCAGAGGAGGCCUUACCACCGUAACUGUGGUUGUGCUCUUCAUAACAAUAACAAUACAAAACACUGCAGCCACGUGUUACAAAGGUGUCACAAAGUUUCAUACCCUAUGAGGAGGGCAUGGAGUGAAGGCAAUUUGGUCAUGGCAACUCCACCUUCUUCUUCUUCUCCUUCUUCCAGUCAUUCUUCUUCUGGGGACAUGCCUCGACUCAGUUUAUUUAAGGAGGAUGAGGAAGAAGAAUAG